UGCUGGGGAGAAAGGCUGGAAAUAGCUUGAAAGCGGGGCUGAAGAUUGAUCCUGGGGCGGAGUCUCGGGACGGGGGCACGUGAUGGGAGCUUUGGGGUUAAGUCUUGGUGCUUGGGCUUGAGGCCUCGUAGUUAAGCGAGGUGGGAUGGAAGGGACACGCAGAAAUGGCGAGCUCAGGCCUAGUCCCUUGAGAUGCGACGCAAGGAUUUUGUAAUUAUCUUUAACCGGCCCUCUUCGCCUUCUCGCAAGGGGUCUAGAGUCCGUGUUCUCUCAAAUGUUUGGAAAGAAAGAAGGACCAAGGCUCUUCUGACAACUUAGCUCUGGGAGGCAUUUAGGCUGCUACCAUGAGGUCAAAUGAGAACACCUUGCUGCUGGGGAAGAAGGUGGUGCUGGUACCCUACACUGCAGAGCACGUGCCUAGGUACCACGAGUGGAUGAAAUCCGAGGAGCUGCAGCGUUUGACCGCCUCCGAGCCACUGACGCUGGAGCAGGAGUAUUCGAUGCAGCGGAGCUGGCGGGAGGACGCGGCCAAGUGUACGUUCAUUGUGCUGGAUGCAGAGAAAUGGCAGGCCCAGCUGAGCACCACUGAAGAGAGCUGCAUGGCGGGAGAUGUAAACCUCUUUCUCACAGAUCUAGGGGACCCUUCCUUGGGGGAGAUUGAGAUCAUGAUCGCAGAGCCCAGCUGCAGGGGCAAAGGCUUAGGCACCGAGGCUGUUCUCAUGAUGAUGUCAUAUGGAGUGACCAAACUAGGUCUGACCAAGUUUGAGGCUAAAAUUGGGCAAGGAAAUGAACCGAGUAUCCGGAUGUUCCGGAAGCUUCACUUUGAGCAGGUGGCCGUGAGCAGCGUCUUCCAAGAGGUGACGUUCAGGCUGACAGUGAACGAGCACGAGCGGCAGUGGCUUCUGGAGCAGACCAGCCAUGUGGAAGAGAAGUGCUAUAGAGAUGGGUCGUCGGAGUCCCACUGACAGCUGGCCUUGUUGGCAGCCACCCUGUGUGAAUGGGGGUUUGGGACCAUGCAGUCUAAAAGCCCAGAGCCCUGUAACAGAAGGUGAACUGUCAGGGCCUUUGGGGCAUAGUGCCCCUGGCCCCUCUGUAGCCUGGGAAUCUCCCUGUGGGGCCCUUCCGACUCUGGGCCGGACUUGCCUUGGCCUCCCUCAGGCUGGCCAUGUGAUGAGUGACUUCAGGGCUAGCCCAUCCUCCUGGCCAGCCCUGGACUCCCGGAACCUGGAAUGGACAGCGUAAACCCCCAGGAGGCAGGGUGGAGGUGGGAGCAGAGGCGAAUGGGGGCCUGGUGAAUGGAAGGCCAGAGGUGCCACCCUGGGGUGGAGGCCCUGGCUAGGAGUAAAGCCUACUGCACAGCA